UUUCACUAAACAUGCUUAGUCUCAUAUUACUCUUAGUCUUUACGGCUCAGACUGUAGCCUUGCCUGAUAAUGACAACUUUGUCCUCUAUGCAGAUGAUAUUGGAGGUUGCCCUGUGGUCUCGGCUGAAGGUUAUCUCUUUCUCAUUGGUCCCAACAUCACCAAGAUCGACCUUGUUCACAAAGUUGCACACGCUGAACUCGAACUUUACUCUGAUGACACCAACCCAGCUAAAGUAUCCAGGCUUGACUGAGGAGUCCUCAGCAACGAUGACUCACUGCUACUUGUGUUUUCACCAGCCAUUGAAGGGCCUCACUGUGCCUUAAUAGCCGUCAUCACGACUGCUGACAUGGUCAUGCAGCAAGACAACUGAUUCAAAGUUGGCACUGAUAAUGUGUUUGGACCCAAGAUCGCUGAUGUAAAGCCGCUGCCUACGUCUGUAGCCAAUAGUAGUAACAUAUUCUUUGCAGUAGGUCAUCAUGCUGACUACAUUGGAGGCGCAAGCACAGCAUUUGUGCUUGAGUUCGAAAUCUUGGAUACCUUCAUCACAAAUGUUCUUGCUUAUAAAAUACUGCACUCAGAUUUCGACACGUUUGGUCAUACUCCUGGGUUUGGCAGUCUUGACUUUGAUUCAGCAACUUCGAAUGGGCUGAACCUGUUGAUGUCAGGAAUCAUCAAAGACUCGACAACUGAGUAUGUGGCUGUACUGUCAGUUAGCAGAGACCUCACCACUGUGAACUGGAUGAAGUACGUGAAGCAAAAGUCAACCUCUGCACUCAACACGACAUCUAGAGAAAUCCUCACCAACUACGACUCUGGCAAUGACCAAGUGGUGGUUCUCACAAGGUUCAACAGCUUCAACAGUUCAGAUUAUUCGGACACAGACCACUUGUACAUGUUUGCAAUAAAAGCAUCAGACGGAUCUAUGAACUGGGAAAUACAAGUUGUGGAUUAUGCGACAAACCGGUUACAUGGAUUGAACUUUGCAAUUCAUGCCAGGUUCAAUCAACUGAUUUUGAUGAACUCGAAUGGGCAAUAUUCUUACUAUCACACUCAGACUUUCAGCCUUGCUGAUGGUAGUUUAAUCAAUAAUGUACAGUUUGAUAUCCUGUUUCCAUAUUCGCUAGCAGGGAUCGUCACAGUGCCAAAAUCUUCUGGGUCAUUUGAAACUGAUGAUUACAUAUUCACUGGAGUUGGAGGAUAUAUUUUUAAAGCAAAUUCUCGCAAGGCUAACCUUGCAUCUGCAACUGAUUCUUCUUUGUUUUACCCUUUGACUGAGAUCUAUUAUGAUAACUAUACAUUACCUGAGACGAAUCCUACUGACUUUGAGCUUUUAACCUAUUCACCAUCAGGAGACUUUUUCCAAGAUGAAGCAGAAUAUGAUGUAAAGUUGGCAGGGUACAGUUCCAAGCAAGUUGAGGUUCCAACCCUGAAAAUAGUUUCAGAGGUUGCAAUAGGGUUCAACACUACUGAGGGUUGCUCUUCUAGCACACCUGCAGGACUAUGCCAAGAAGAAGACACAAAAAUUAUUCCAAACACAGGAAGCUUCAACCUGAACAAACCUUACACCAAAGAUGGUUUGAAAGACUCGGUCAUGGAGGUGACGUUUCAGCUAUUUGAGUUUUCAGACCUUGUAAAUCCAAUUUCAAGCUCAUUGUACUCCUUCACCAAGCAAGAUGGAAACUACACAGUCAAGUUAGCAGGUCUUCCGGAUGGGUCCUACCUGGCUCGGGCAGUUGCAAAGGCAGACCCCCACCACACCUACUACGAGUUCACGCUCAUUGUGAAGUGAAUAUCCAACUGCAAAACCUGUUCCGAGAACGAUGUUUGAGAUGUCUGCGACAAUGGGUAUGUUCUCGACUAUGCAAGGCAGUGAGUCAGUGGAGGAAACGAGAUCAUUGACGGGAACAUAGUCCAAGGAUUAGGAGCGUCAAUGAUAGGAGGCAUGCUUUUAGCUGGAAUCAUGAAAGGAGCUCUUAGCCCAAAUAUUUGGGUGAUGAUAAAUACUCUCCAAAUUUUACGUACUAUUCUGCUCCUAAAAGUCAAUAUCCCUUUGGCGGUAAGGAAGACUAUUGAAUCAAGCACAGUAUUUGCAAUAAUAGAUAUUGGUCUUUACGAUUUCAUUAUUCCAGAACCUGGAACCGAAGCAAGCAUCAUGAAAAUUAUGGAUGGAGAUGAGCUUCUUGGACAAUAUUUUGAAGAAUAUGGAGUUGAGACUUACCGAUUCAUCGACUACACUCUUGAGAUUUUAAUUAACGUGAUCCUGCUUUUUGUCGCUAUCACCCUGCUACUUGCUGGCUUAUCAUAUCUCUUCCUGAAAUUUUACCAAAAGAACACUUCAGAAGUUUCAAAGAAGUUAAAAUUUAUUUUCUUUGUAAAUGGAUUCAUCAGAAUUUAUUUAGAGAUCAUGCUGAAUGGCAUUAUAUACUCCUUUGUGAAUCUCAGGAGUGUUCAAUUCAAUAGUAUCGCUGAUAUAUUUUCAUAUUUGACUUUGCUAGCAUUCGUUCUUCUUGUGAUUGGAUGUAACUUGUUCAUUAUAUCUUACUCAGUUUCCACUGAGUUAUCAAAAUGGAGUCACAAACUAAAAGAGUUUUUAACAGAAACUUUAAUUACCAAGGGAGGAAUAAUUACAUAUCAUUUAACUUUUGUACUUCGUCGUGUGGCAUUGAGUAUUAACAUCAUAAUGCUGGGAGUUCUUGGCCCCAACAUCCACAUCACAUUCCAUGUUCUCGUUCAGGCGAUCACAAUCCAGGUGAUGCUGUUUUAUCCGAUGUUUGAAAACAGGUUUCAGAAAGUGAGCAACUUAAUUAUGGAGGUCAGCAUUCUUUACAUUUUUGCUUCUGUGUACAUUUUCCAGAACAGUGAAAGAUUUGAGUAUGAAGCCAAGGUGUCGGUCUUGUUUGUCUUGUUCAGUUCUCAAUUCCUUCUUGUCCUUUUGACUGUGUCUAAAAGCAUCAGAGAGAUGCUGAUAGAGUGGAAAGAAAAGAAAUUAAUAAAAAAAGAAGAACCAAUCAAUUCAUUGAAAGUUAUGAAGAAACCCACUAAAGAAGACACAAUCUUUAAAAGCGACAUGAAGAAAGGAUCUAUCUUUAAAAGUGGCUUAAAAGAAGAAAGGAAGUUCAAGCCAAAAAGAAAUCCAAAACAUGAUGAUGUCUUGCCAAUGAAACAUAUUUGGGAAUUUGAUGAACGUACUUAUGAGAGAGAUGCAGGCUCAAGAGUUUCAGUAUCCUCUGGAAAAGCUUUUCAUCAAGAGAAUGAUGAAAAUAAAAAGAAAAGCAACACAUUAGAGAAGCUAUUAAGCCGACUUAAAAGAAGAAAAGAGGCUUUUAAAAGAAGAUCUGAGCAAUUUCACCAAAAGAAUACAAUAAACAAGAAACAAGAAGAAACCAAAAACGAUAAUCUCUCAUCCUCAGCCAAUCCAAGGCCUGUUUCAGCCCUUAUCCAGCCCCAGUCCCCACCCAUCCGACCCUCCUCACCUAAAACCCGCACAGACACCUCUUUCCAAAACCCCUCUGCCCCUCCCCACCCAGCCAAGCUGGCUUCAGCCCACUCAAACCCCAGGACAAGCCUAGAGGCUUGUCCCAAGCCCUCUAUUGGAGACCUGAGUUUUGAUAAUGAAGCUUUGUUUGACCAGGAAGAGCAGGAGGGGAGGAAGGGAAGGAAUUAAGAAAAAUGUAGGUUAAAAUUUAGA